AUGAAGCGCAGUUCCGUUUCCACCGGUGGUGCUGGCUGCCUCUCCACACAGGAACUGAGAUCCCAGGACCUCGAUAAAGCAGAACUUUAUACCCCUCAAACGACCAGUGGCCAUUCAUCCAGAACUAGACAACUUGGGAAAUGUUCACGUUCUGAAAUGAUGAAAGAUCCAAGACCCCUUAAUGAUAAAGCAUUCAUUCACGAAUGUAUUAAACAGCUCUAUAAGUUUCUUACAGAAAAUGGUUAUAAAUAUCAUCUAUCAAUAAAGUCUCUACAAGCCCCAUCAACAAAAGACUUCCUUGGGAUCUUUGCAUUUCUUUAUGGUUUCCUCUGCCCAUCAUAUAAAAUUCCUGACAGGAAAUUUGAAGAAGAGAUUCCAAGAAUUUUUAAAGACCUUGGGUAUCCCUUUGCACUGUCCAAGAGCUCCCUGUAUGCAGUGGGAGCCCCUCACACCUGGCCUCACAUCGUAGCAGCUUUGGUAUGGUUGAUAGACUGCAUCAAGAUUCAUCGUGCCAUAAAAGAAAGCACACCUUGUGGAGAAGAAACAGAAGAUGGAAUUAAACAUAAUAGGUUGUUUCUGGACUACACCAUCAAAUGCUAUGAGAAGUUUAUGACUGGAGCUGACACCUUUGAAGAGGAGAAUGCAGAGCUGCAGUCGAAGCUGAAGGAUUUAUAUAAGGUAGAUGCAUCCAAGCUGGAGUCCUUAGCAGCAGAAAACAGAGCACUAAAUGAGCAGAUUGCAAGAUUGGAGAAAGAAAGAGGAAAAGAACCGAAUUGUCUAGAAUCUUUGAAAAAAUUGAAAGCUUCCUUGCAAUCAGAUGUGGAAAAGUAUAAAGCAUACCUGAGCAGUUUGGAGUCACAUUCGUCCAUCCUAGAUGAGAAACUGAGUGGCCUGGAUGAAGAAAUUAGUAGUCUAGGAUUGCAGUGUGAAACAAUGAGAGAGGAGAACGCUCGGCUACAAAAUAUUGUUGAUAACCAAAACUACUCAGUUGCAGACAUCGAGAGAAUAAAUCAUGAAAAAAAUGAAUUGCAGCAGACCAUUAAUAAAUUAACCAAAGACCUAGAGACUGAACAGCAACAAAUGUGGAAUGAGGAAUUAAAAUAUGCCAGAGGCAAAGAGGCGAUUGAAGCACAAUUAGCAGACUACCACAAAUUGGCUCGAAAAUUAAAGCUUAUUCCGAAAGGUGCUGAGAAUUCCAAAGGUUAUGACUUCGAAAUUAAGUUUAAUCCUGAAGCUGGUGCCAAAUGCCUUGUCAAAUACAGGGCUCAAGUUUACGUACCUCUCAAAGAGCUCUUGAAUGAAAGCGAGGAAGAAAUUAGCAAAGCUUUAAAUAAAAAGAUUGAUCUGGAGAACACUUUAGAGCAACUGGACACCAUGAAGACGGAGAGCAGGAGGAAUGUGAGGAUGCUGAAGGAAGAGCUGCAAAAGCUGGACGACCUUUACCAACAAACUGUGAAGGAGGCUGAGGCACAAGAUGAGAAGUGUGCCAGGGAGCUUGAAUCCCUGGAGAAACACAAGCACCUACUGGAGAGUGCUGUGAACAAGGGCCUCAGCGAAGCCAUGGAUGAGCUAGAGGCUGUCCAGCGGGAAUACCAACUGGUUCUACAAAGCACAACCGAAGAAAGGGGAGAAGUGACACAUGACUUACUGAAUCUUUUAGAUAUGGUUGCUACACAUGUAGGGUCUUUGGAAAAACACCUUGAAGAACAGACUGCUAAAGUGGACGCAGAGUAUGAAGGAAGCAUGGCUGAAGACCUCUUGGAAAAUAUCAAAGAGAUUGCAGAGAAGUACAAGAGCAGCGCUGCUCUAUGUAAGACUCCUGGUGAAUGA